UCCCGUGGGAGCUCUAGGAUACAGAGCUCUGCCGGGCUUUGCUGUGUCACCCUCUCUCCUUGCUCAUGGAAGCACGUGGAGGAUCGAGGCGUUGAAUGAAAACCUCUGGUGUGUUUUAACUCGCACCCGAGGGGGCUGAACCUGGAGUUCCUGGGGCGUGGCGGGAGCAGGGCUUGUCCUGCUCGGUCCCACUGUCCCUGCACCCCACUGUCCCCUCCUAGGGUGGUUCUGAUCCACCUCCAACUGCAGAUCCCACGUGGAGGGACAGAGCUUGGGAACUGGCCAGGGCCAGCUCAACUCCAGGCUGACACAUGUGUGGUCUAAACCAUCUUAUCCCAAAGCCACUGGGUUGAGGAAGGAGCUCUGAAUGACACCCUGGCUGGCGGUGGUUCUGCUCAGCACUCAAAGAAGCUAAAAAUAAUGCAUGAGCAGUGGAUCUGUACUUGUUUCCCUAUGGAAUUGGCAGAGGCUGCUCUGCAGGAGCCCAUUUUCCACCUCAGAGCUGGAUCACUUGGCUUCAGCUUCAACACCCAGGUGUAGCUUCUCUUUUGUUGGGUGCUGAGCUUGGAGGUGGCUUGGGCAGUGACUUCCCCAUGAGGUGGUGGGGAAAACUUGCCAUUAACUCCCCUUUUCGGUCCUGCAGGUUGAGUGCUGUGGUCGUGCUUUGCCCAGGUGCAGUGAGGUUUUUGUAAAUAAACACCCUGUGUGUGCCUCAGCCUUGGUUUGACGCGCUGUGUUCAGGUGUUUGCUUUGACCUCGGAUGUGUCUGUUAGACAGGGAAUGGCUGUGCUUGGGUUCACCCAGUGCUGGUGCCUUGGCCGUGGUUUAAAGCUGCCGGUUCCUCGCUGGAAGGCUUUAGGAUAAAGUGAGGGGUUUGUGUGGUGUGGAGGGGGAAUGAGAACCCUUUAGUGUCUCUGGUGAAGGUGAUGGAGACCAGGCUGGCACAGGGGCAGCUGAGCCAGGAAUCCAUGGAGUGUGAUCUCUCCAGACCCUGCAAUUCCCUGUAGUCCAAAUAUCUGGAAGGUUCCCAACAUCUUGCUAGGGCUGGAGAGACACUUACCUUCUAAGUGCCCGUGGCUCCCUCUCCUCCAUGGCACCUGUGUUCCCAGGGGGAUCCUGUGGUUCCUGGGGUGUUUUUUCUCCGUGGCAGUGUACUCUGAGGUAAUUCCAUUUAAUUUAUACUACCUCAGGUGUGCUGGCAUGAUCCAUCCCCCUGGGGAGCAGAGCUUCUCCCCAGGCCUGAAACCUGGAGGUUUCUGUUUCUUGGCUAAACCUUUUUGGCUUGUUUUUAAGAGAAAUAAGAACGUUUUUGGUUAGUAAGAGAAAUAAGAACUUUUUAAACUCUGUAUGUGUAAUGGGUUUUUUGUUCCUUUUUGGCUCUCUGCACUAAAUAGAAAUGAAGGUUGAAGGUUGUUAUAUCAGACAACCAUUUCUUGGUGAUUAUAAUUCUAAAAGGUGUUUUUCCCUAAAUUCAAAAUGACUUUUGAAGUGUCCUUAUUGCUUUAGAGGCACUUAAAAACUGAUUGGAUGGCUCCACUCCUGCUGUUGAUGGCCUGGGAAUGUGUGGGGGGAGCGAGAUGGGAGCGGUGUGCUGAGGCAGGAGGAAGCAAACAGGGGAAGGCCACUGUACAAACCUUGAUAUUUGAGUCUUAGCUGAUAAUUCACAACCCAAAGAUAAUAUGAAUUUGAAUUAUAUCCAGUUUAGAAUGUGUUCAGGGGUGUUUAAGGAGCCACAUGGUGAAAAACAGCUCUCUGAGGUGUUUUACUGAUUUAUUAUUGAGCAAGUGGCCUAGUGGAAGGUGUCCUCCAUGGCAUGGGGGUGGAACCAGAUGGGCUUUAAGGUUCUGUCCAUCCCAAAACAGUUGCUGAUUCCACUGUACAGUUUUCCAGGGGGGUCAGGAAGGAAAGGCUGCACACAGGCAGUGUCUGAGCAUCUGUUAGAGUCUCUGUGCCCUGUUCUCAUCAUCCAGCAUUGAAAGCUUGUGGUUUCCUGGAUUAAUUGGGAUGAUUUCUCACGGGAUCUGUGCCAAACCUUGCAGCACAGCCGAGGUGUCCUACCUGCCAGGAGCUGCCCUGUGUCACCUGCUCUGCUGCCAGGGAGCAAUUGCAGCACCUUGUUUGUGGGACAAACCCUCAAAGCUCCCCAAGGCUGCCAAACCCUGUGAUUUUGGGGUCAGCAGCUCUCCUUCAGCGUUCCCUCUGGGCAAAAGCCUCGUGUCUCACAGAGUUUGUGCUGGACUCUUCAUUACAAUUGGCAAGAAAAAAAGCAGGGGAGGGUGAACAGUUCUGCCCACUUUCAUUUCCUUUCCGUAGACUUAUUUGGGAGAAGCAGCUUGGGAGAGGACUGUGUGCUGGCAGCCCUUUUGUGUCUUGUGUCACAAGGCUGCUGAAAGAGCUCUCAGGCUCCACUUCCUCUCCGUGGCUUCGGGGCUGUUUCCCAGCGCCUGCAGACACACGGUGGGCUGGGAAAGCCUUCCCUCAUCACCAGGGAAUGAAACGCUCUCCGUGGCUUUUCGGAGCCAACAGAAAUCUUUUUGUCUUUUCUGCCCUCCCACUGUUUCCCAAGCGGCGAGUUUGCUGACAGGCCUCGCUGGGAAAGAGGGGGAGUGCUGCUCCAAGGUCCGGGCUCUCCAGUGAAACGCGGCAGUGCCGGGACAGAUCCCACCUGUGUGUGCAAAACAGCCCUGUGAUGUUAUGGUAAAGGAGGGGAAGGAAGUGGAUGAGACAGUGGGGCAAAGUCCAGAGACAGAAAGGUGCAAUCCUCAGCCCAAAGGUGAUCUGAGAACGAUAACGAACCCGGGAUUUAUCCACCUGUGCAAAGCUGGCUCCGCAGAAUCCUGCUGUCCAGGUGGUGUCGUGGAUGUGUGGUGACUUUGCCUGUGGUGAUUUGUCUGCCAUAGAAACUGGAUGGCUUCUACGGUGAGCCUGAGCAAGGAAACGUUGUUGGAAGAUGGAAUGCCACCUGCAAAGAAGCCCAGGAAGCUGUUGCCAAGCCUCAAAACCAAGAAGCCUCGUGAACUCGUUCUGGUGAUUGGGACAGGAAUUAGUGCUGCAGUUGCUCCCCAGGUCCCAGCACUGAAGUCUUGGAAGGGGCUGAUCCAGGCCCUCCUGGAUGCUGCUAUUGACUUUGAUCUCCUGGAAGAUGAAGAGAGCAAACGGUUCCAGAAGUGUCUUCAUGAAGACAAGAACUUGGUUCAUGUUGCCCAUGACCUUAUCCAGAAGCUGUCUCCGCGCACAAGCAACGUUCGCUCAACCUUUUUCAAGGACUGUUUAUACGAGGUGUUUGAUGACCUGGAAUCUAAAAUGGAAGAUUCUGGGAAGCAGCUGCUUCAGUCUGUGCUUCACUUGAUGGAAAAUGGGGCCCUUGUGUUAACCACGAACUUCGAUAACCUGCUGGAGCUGUACGCAGCACACCAGGGGAAGCACCUCGAGUCUCUUGAUCUGACUGAUGAAAAGAAGGUGCUGGAGUGGGCGCAGGAGAAGAGGAAGCUCAGUGUCCUGCACAUCCACGGUGUCUACACCAACCCCAGCGGCAUCGUCCUGCACCCCGCCGGCUACCAGAACGUGCUGCGCAACACCGAGGUCAUGGCCCUGUUUUUAGAGGCUGUCAAGCACAAGUCAGACCUGGAGCACUUCAUGCUGGUGCGGAGGGGGGAUGUGGAUGAGUUCAAGAAGCUCCGUGAGAACAUGCUGGACAAGGGGAUCAAGGUGAUUUCCUACGGGGACGAGUACACCGACCUGCCCGAGUACUUCGAGCGGCUGACGAGCGAGAUCGCCAUGCGGGGCCGCACAGGUGUGCCCAAGGAGGGGCAGCAGCUGAACGGCUCCACCGCUGCCCACGCCGACAGAAAAGGAUGCAGCACCUGAGCCUCAGCCCUGCCCUGAGCCGUGGGGGACUCCCAGGAUGGGCCCAAGCCAGGCCAGCAGCCCCAGGGGGGCUGGAGCCCACGGAGCCAGGACCCUUCCAGCAGGGAAGAGGCUGGGCAGAGCCUCCUUGGACAGACACCUGGUUUAACAUAGCUCAUCGUGGUUCUGUGGGGGCUGUGAGUGCCUGCGGAGUGCAGUGCCCCCGAGGGAGCUGCAGCCUCCUCUAAUUUCAUACCUAGUGCUUUUAUAUUCUGUAUUUCAAUUUUAAAAAAAAAUGAAACUUGAGCUUUUUUUUUUUUUUUACUGGAAGCUCUAGUUUUCUAGUCCUGUCUUUAUACUGUACAGUAUUUUGUAUGUUGAAGUUGCAUUAAAGGCCUGCUCACUGAA